UUCCGGCUCCUACCGGCAGUGUCGAAGCUGACUGCCAAAGGAACCUGAGGCGCGCCGCGCUAAACUUCUGCGACUUGGGAGUUGGAAGAGCGCCUGCCUUCUCCCUGGUGCUUGGGCUUCGCCUUUACAGUGUCCCGCACCCUUCCUGGGGUGCGACCUGCCGCAUUCCCAGCACCUUUGUCCUGUCCGGGAAAACUGGUCUCCUGUCGCGUGAUGCCCCAGCUCGGACUCCUGCCCAGGAAGGCCUGGGCUGCUCUGCUCAGCCAGAUUCUGUGGUCGCCCUAUACCGCCUGCACCCGGGCGGUCAGCUCUCAUAGCCAGGUUGCAGAGGCAGUGUUAACGUCUCAACUGAAUCCAAAUCAAGAGAAGUCAGAUUUUAUUAUCAAGACCCCAAAGGGCACGAGGGAUCUUAGUCCCCAGCAGAUGGUUGUAAGGGAGAAAAUUCUUGGUAUGGUUGUCAGCUGCUUUAAACGGCAUGGAGCAAAGGGAUUGGAUACCCCAGCAUUUGAGCUGAAGGAAUUGCUUACUGAAAAGUAUGGAGAGGACUCCGUGCUCAUCUAUGAUCUGAAGGAUCAGGGUGGAGAGCUGUUGUCCCUUCGCUAUGACCUUACUGUCCCUUUUGCUCGUUAUCUGGCCAUGAAUAAAGUGAAGAAGAUGAAACGCUAUCAUAUUGGAAAGGUGUGGCGGAGGGAGAGCCCAACCAUUGCCCAAGGCCGUUACAGGGAGUUCUACCAGUGUGAUUUUGACAUUGCCGGUCAAUUUGACCCUAUGAUUCCUGAUGCAGAAUGUUUGAAGAUCAUGUGUGAAAUCCUAAGUGGGUUGCAACUGGGGGACUUUCUUAUUAAGGUGAACGACCGGCGGAUUUUAGACGGGAUGUUUGCUGUCUGUGGUGUUCCUGAAAGCAAGUUCCGAGCCAUCUGUUCCUCACUAGACAAACUAGACAAGAUGUCUUGGAAAGAUGUGAGACACGAGAUGGUGACAAAGAAGAGCCUGGCUCCUGAGGUGGCUGAUAGAAUUGGGGAUUACGUCCAACGUCAUGGUGGCGUGUCCCUGGUAGAGCAACUGUUCCAGGAUUCCAGACUAUCCCAGAACAAGCAGGUCCUGGAGGGCCUGAGGGACCUGAAGCUGCUGUUUGAAUACCUGACUCUUUUUGGAAUUGCUGAGAAGAUCUCUUUUGACUUAAGCCUGGCCCGGGGCCUGGACUACUAUACAGGAGUGAUCUAUGAAGCAGUUUUUCUACAGACCCCAAAUCAGGCUGGAGAGGAGUCCUUGAGAAUGGGCAGUGUGGCUGCUGGUGGGCGCUAUGAUGGGCUGGUGGGCAUGUUUGACCCCAAGGGCCACAGGGUGCCAUGUGUGGGGCUCAGCAUUGGAGUGGAGCGGAUCUUCUCUAUUGUGGAGCAGAGAAUGAAGGUUUUUGGUGAAAAGGUACGGACCACAGAGACUCAAGUAUUUGUGGCCACACCACAGAAGAAUUUUCUCCAAGAACGAUUGAAGCUAAUUGCAGAGCUCUGGGAUGCUGGGAUCAAGGCUGAGCUACUGUACAAGAACAACCCUAAACUACUAACCCAGCUGCACUACUGUGAGAACAUGGGCAUUCCACUGGUGGUCAUUAUUGGUGAGCAAGAAAUGAAGGAAGGGAUCAUCAAGCUCCGUUCAGUGGCCAGCAAGGAGGAGGUGACCAUUAAACGGGAACAUCUUGUGGCUGAAAUUCAGAAGCGACUAUCUGAUUCUUGAUCCUUGCCUGACUGUCAUCUUCUGCUCCUCGUAGAAAAAGUUUCAUCUAGGACCGAGUUCCCGAUGGAUAUCACAACUGCUGUCCAGGAUGGGUGACAAGCGCCUUCUGCCUUUGCUAUCCUUCCUUGUUACAAAAUUAAUAGAAAGCCCUAAGGACUCCUGUGUCCGGUGGCUUCAAGUCAUUAGUGUGAGCAGUUAUUCUCCGUAGGGGCAGAUGACUGAUACUGUAAAGAGACAUGUUCGAACUGCAGAGGCAGAUGGCAGGUUUGAAGUGCCAACUGAAUGCUGCCAACAGGUGCUGAUAUGGUUGCUGUGAGCCGAGCUCUCGGAGAGUCACCUCAGGCUGAGAGGACUGAGCAGUUGAGAUCAGAACCAUGAUACUUAACCUUCCACUGCAGCUUCUGAAGCUGAGGCUGGUGAAUUUGUCUGCAGCCAGCCCUUGGCCUGUCCAGGGAGUUUUUGGAGACAGCAAGAAGAGGCAGUGGUUGCUUUCUGCUAAUGUCUGAAGACAGAGAUGCUACACCACUGGAUGCAAGACAGUAGCCAGAUUGAUCUGGUAUCUAGCCCAUCCAUUGUUAACAACAGGGUGGGGCUGUCUGUUUAAGAUCUUCAAUGUCGAACUUAAUAGGUGACUGACAAGAUGAAAAUCUGAUCUUUUGAGAUUUUGGAGAUCAUUUCCUGUGCCAGAGUCACCGCUCUGACUAUUCCAUGCCCCUUCAUAGAACACUUUGCUGUCAAGUUGUCUGGGUAGGACAGAGUAGAGCUGUCCCACAGGAUUUCCAAGAAGCGGCUGAUGGAUUUGAACUGCUGACCUUUUGGUUAGCAGCCAAGCUCUUAACCACUGCGCCACCAGGACUGCCCUUCCAUAGAAGUAGCUGUUUUAUAAGUGGUUGGAUAUGUUAAAUAAAAUAUUAAAUGUA